AGCCACAGCUGGACAGACACAGUGCAGGGACUCAGACUGGCCUGUCCGUGGGUGGGGGGCACAGAGACCCUGAACACCCAGGACCAGACUGACUUCAGCCCUUCCCCGCCUCAGCCAGAGGGAAUCUGGGACCCUGCGGCACAUACUUGGGGUCCUGGGCAAAGCUGACGGAACCCACACUCUCCGCUACAACCUCAUGGCCCUGUCCCUGGACAGGCCGGGGAAGCCCCAGUUCCUGGCCCUGGGGUACUUUGAUGAUGAGCUUUUCUUGCGCUAUGAUGGCGAGAGCCACAAGGCAGAGCCCCGGGGUCUAGGGAUCGAAACGGACUUGGGAGCUGAGACCUGGGAGAGAGAGACCAAGGACCUGAAGGAGAAGGAGCAACAACUCAGGCAGACGCUGACAGAGAUCACGGGCCAGCAGGGCCAGGGCUCAGGCCUUCACUCCCUCCAGGCCACACUGGGCUGUGAGCUGCAAGGAGACCUCAGCACUAGAGGCUUCUGGCGCUUGGGCUACAACGGGCAGGACUUCCUCACCUUCGACUCACAGACCCUCACUUGGACGUUGGCCAUGCCCUCAGCCCAGCACAUCAAGAAGCUCUGGGAGACCCAAGGCCCCAGGGCUGAUCUGGUUAAGGAUUUCCUGCGUGUGACUUGUCCUGCCCAACUCUGGAGAUAUUUGGCCUCCUGGAGGGGCCUCCUGGAGAAUACAGAUCCCCCGUCAGUGACUGUGACCCGCAGUAAGAACCUGCUGGGCAUGGUCCUCCUGAGGUGCUGGGCUUUUAGCUUCUAUCCUCGGGGUGCCACCCUGACCUGGCUUCGGGAUGGGGAGCCCACGCACCAGGGCACCUUUGGGCCUGGGGUUAGCCUGCCCAGUGGUGACGGGACCUACCAGACCUGGGUGGCCACUUGGAUCCUCCCUGGAGAGGAGCAGGUGUUCACCUGCCACGUGGGACACUGCGGGCUGGACACCACGGUCCCUGCAGUCUCUGGUGAGGAGCUGGGGGAGCCCUCGGGGUCCAGGGAGCUGGAGGCAGAGUUGGUGUAGGAUCCUCGUGUGAAGAAGG